CGGUGAAGAAAUUGGUGACGAAUUCAACUUUCAGUUUUCAAUCUCUCGCAGCUGUCAGAAUGCCGAAAGAAAAUUUAAAAGAUAAAUUAGAAGGAAACGAAUUAGACCUUGGUUUGAGUAAUUUGACAACUGUUCCCGUCAAAGAGCUGGCAGCCAUAAAAAAAGCUACAGUAUUGGAUUUAUCAAACAAUGUUAUUUCAACUUUACCUGAUCCAUUUUGCACCCUUGAUCAUCUAGUCAAGAUUGAUCUUAGCAAAAAUUUACUAACAGAAUUGCCACAUAAUUUUGGGAAUCUACGCAAUUUGCAACACCUUGACCUACUCGGGAACAAAUUGAAUGUUUUGCCAUUAAGUUUUUGGAGAUUGGAAAAAUUACGAUGGUUGGACUUAAAAGAUAAUCCUUUGAAAGACGAGCUGAAAAGAAAUGCUGGAGAUUGUUUAAAUGAGAAUGAAUGCAAAAAAUGUGCACAAAGGAUAUUGAGGUACAUGAAAGAUCUCAAUUCAGAACUAGAAAGAGUAAAACAGAGAAGGCUUCAGAAAGAAAGAGAACUAGAAACUUUACAAAAAGAGAAGGAAGAAAGUGAAAGACAGCAAAUGAGAGAUGAAAGAAAAGCAGAAAAAGAAAGGAAGAAGCAAGAAAAUAAAAAGAAGUACCAAACUGAGAAAGAGGAAUAUGAGGAUACACAAUCAUCAGAAGAAGGUGAAAGAUUUGAUAGUGGAACAAGUAAAAGUGCAAUUAAAGUAAAAACAGCAACUGGUGGCAGGCUUUGUACAAAGGUUUUAUUAUCGUUGUUCAUGACAGCUUUAUUCAUCAUAGGGAUGAUAUAUGUAAUAUCAGUGUAUUGUGAGAGAGAGAAGAAGGACCAGAUAUGUAAAGACUAUGGACAUACUAUUGUAAAAGAAGCAAAGCAUUUCAUUUGGGAUAUGGAGAAGAGAUUACAUGUCUUUUAUAAUUUUAUACAAAAAAAGUUGAAAUAGUGACCAAUUAAUGUAUUGCAACUUUUUUAUUUUUAAGCCUACGGUGCAAGGUCAAGCAGAGAAUAAAACAUAAGAAAAUAAUGUAUCUUAUUUAAGUUUAUAUUAUCAUGUGUUAGAAUAUUCAGAAAUAUAUGGUUUACCGACCUUAUCAACAUCUAAAGGACAAUCAAUAGAGAAUAGUAAAUAAGUACUGUGAAAGUACUUUAAUUCAGGGUAUCAAUUUUUCAUGGUUUGAGCAAUUUUUACUUGUUCAUGGGUUUUUAAAUCGUGGAUUUUUUUUUUUUUUUUUAAAUUAAAAAAAUUAAAGCCUUUAGAAACGAAUGUUACAAAUAGUCUGGAUUUAGGAAAUUGCAAAGUAAACAUUGACCGGUAGUGAUAACACUAAUUAACAAAUGAUAAAGUGAUCAAUAGGUUUAAGACCAUCAAAUGUGUUAAUUAGGCCAUAAACAUUUCACCUACAGAAAACAGUAACAUAAACAAAUACUAUAAACGUAUCUUGAAUUGUCAAAUAAUUCUUAUCAAAAUCAAGCCCAGCAUGAAAUUAUAAUUUCCCAUAUGUAUGAGAACUAUGAGGAUUUAAAAUGAACACUUUAUAAUACUAGCAUAUUAAUACCAGAAGUCUGACUUUCAUCGAUCAAAAAUAUUGUUUAGAGAAUUAAAAGAUCAAAAGUUGUACAGUUUAGGUUAUUAAAGAUAAAAUGGGUAUAAUCAUGCAUGCGGUUGGAGCUCUGUGACUGCUAUUAAAGUAUUCUUAGAUUUGGCGUUAUUCAAUAUAUUCUCUAGAUCAUAUCAGUAGUGAAACCUACCGAUGGGGAUAUUUCCAUGUCUUGAUUUGGACAAUGGUUGUUUUAUUUUUUUAGACACUUAAAAUCGUGGAUAAAGUCAUCCACGAAAACCACGAAAAUUGGUACCCUACGAAUAAAAGUACUUUCACAGUAUGCUGAUAAUCAGGGCUAUUCCAAGAAAAUAAAUGUAUUGGUGGUUUGAAGGCACUUUUUAUUUGACCCCACGAUACAUAAAUUUUUAAUUUGUAUUUUUCCUUUAAAAAUGUUCAAGCAUUCUUUCCCAACUAACUUGGAACCAUCAAAUGUUUGAAAAAAGUGCCUUCUGAUCCCCCUUACAAUUAUUUCUGGAAAAGACCUCAACAUCUUUUAUGAUUGAUCAAUGGAAAUACACAAACGUGUAAAAUUUUAUACAUAUUAAUUCAGAACAAGAUCGAAAUAUAUUAUCACUAAAAGAGAAUGAUAAAUACUAUGUAUAGAGAGUUUUUUUACAAUUUUACAACAUUUUGUUGUUUUGAUUGAAACAUAUAAUAUUUAGUUUUCAAAAACCUGAAAACUCAUGAGCCUUUUACUUAAUUAUGGAUAUAAGUAUUAUGUUAUUUGAUAUGUGCAUCCAUUGUUUAUGUACAAAAAGGUUGUAAAAAUUCAAAUUAUUCAACAGAUAAUUUUAUUUAACUAGCUGAGGACAUGUAGGAUGCAGUGUAUGUGUAUAUGUUAGAUAUUUAGGUCAUUUUCAAAUUUAUAGAAAUUUUUUAAUAACAAUGUUAGUUGCUAGUAACUGGCAGCUUACAUGUACAUUCAAGGGUCCAACUUAAAUAAGCUAUUAGAGAAAAUAACAUACAUUUUAUUAUUGCGGGAUAUAAAAAAAAACUGUGAUAACAUAUGUAUGUUACAUGUUUCAAAAGGAAAAUAUGCAACCUUUAUUUUGUUAAAUUUUUGUCAAGUUCUAUUGAUAUUAUAAUUUCUUUAAGAAUACUAAUCUUUGCAAAGAUAUAACAGCUCAUAGUUUACCAAUCAUGCAUAGUUCACCUAUGUUAUUACAUAAAAUAUAUUCCUGCAAUAACAAAAGGGUGUUAUUACAGCUUUUCUAAAUAUCUUCAAAAGCUUUGCUCUGGCAAUGUAUUUCAAUUCAUUUUAAGAAAUGAUGAUCAGAGCGUGUAAUGCGGCACUGCACAAGAUUCCAAGUGUCUCAUUUACUCUCAUAUAGUAAGUUACAUGCUUGUAAUAACUAAGUCUUGUUAUUACAGCUUAGUUUGCCCUUAAAAGCAUUGUCUCAUUGAUUUAGCAUUGAUUGAUCAAAAUUGUAUUAAUGGAAAUAGAAAAUUAGUUAUCAAGGUAAUUUAUUGAGCUACUGUGCAAAGUUUUAAGAAUUCCCAAGUGCUCAUUAAAGAUAAAAUAUUUAUGAUAUAUUUAACUGAUAACAAACCUAUGUUAUUACAGAUAAAGGAAAAAAGAGUAAACAACUCACGAAAGUGUCAGUAAUAACACAUGCAUGUUAUUUUUCUCUGAUAACUUAUUUAAGUUAGACGCUUUACUGAUGUAUGUCUAAAUAAUUUAAUUGAUAACCAACAAAUAUGUUAAUUAACCUCACAUUUACAUUGAUAUUAAGUUAUUUGCAUAAAUAUUAUAUACUAUUUAUAAUAUAUUUAUGUUUUUGAUUAUCAACACAUUAGUAUUCUAUUUAACCAGCUCAUGUUGAGUUGUCUGCACAAUUUUUGCUCUAAGAAUGAACAAUUUAUAAAGCAUACAAGACACUAGUGCCAUACUUAUGUAUAUGUUUAAAGGUUUUUCUAAUGUUUUAAAUGAAUAUUUCGUAUUUCAUAUAUAUGUAAUGGUCCAAUUUACAUUAUGUGUGUAAACAUCAGAGAAUGUACUUUUUUUUAUUUUAAGAUUCUUUGGCAAAGGGAAACAUGUCAUACAUCCAGUUAGAGAUACUACAAAUCAGCUGUGUUGGACAGAAAUUGACCUUAUGCAAGUUCAUAUACACAUGUACAUGUAUAAAGCCUUUGGUGGAUUUGAGAACCUUCAAAUACAAAAUUAAAGAUGAAUUUUGGGCCUAUUUUGUGGGGUUUAAAAACAACUAAAUUUUCAAAUAGUCACAGACUUUGAAUAGAGAUUUUGUCAAUUGUUAACCCAAAAUAAGUAAACAUAAACAUGUAUUAAUACUGUAAACCAAUUUCUCAAGCGAGCGAUUUAUUUUUGUGACUUUCGCAAGUAGAAAAAUAGCGCGAAAUUAAAUUGUCGUGAAUAUGUAUAACUUAUAUCUCUCCUUAUCAAACUACAUCAAGUAAAUUAGACAAUCGUGAAAUUAAAUUGCUGUUAAUUGGACUAGCUGGGGAUAAACGCGAAAUAAAGUAUCAGCGAAAAUAAGUUGGUUUACAGUAUUCAUUUGCAUAAGGUCGAUUUUUAUCCGACCCAGCUCAAAUACUAUCAUAUGCUUACUAUAUUGCUUGCUUAACAUACUAUUAAAUUAAGGAGACACUAUCUGUUCAUGUCGUUUCUUUCCCAAAUGAAGUGCUUGAAGGAAAACAAGUGACAAAUUCAACUGCUACAAAUUGGAAAACAUUAUAAACAUGAUAAAGGGGACUUGGGUAAAAUUUCAAAAAUGUAAAAUAAUUAUAUUAUUAAUUUUCCUUUGUAUCAUAAAAAUAAGUACAAAUAACUUAAAUUUUGUGUGAACAAACUUUGAAAAUGGCCUCAAUGCAAAGUCUGAAAAAAUAAAUAUUAUAUCUCUGUAAACUAACUUAUUUUUGCAAGCUAUUAUAUUUGUGACAUUCUUUCCUAAUUUUCUAAUAUUUUAUGGACUUCUAUUUUUAGAAAGAAGGUUUUACAUAUUGCAACCAUUAGUUUUCAUAUUACUAUAUAUAAAUAGCUUCAAUUUUCGCUAGAAGGGCUAAAUUGCAAUAGUUGCUCUAUAGUAUUUAUCUUACAAAUAUAAUAGAUUGAAUAUCCUCUACACAUUAAUUUGAAUUUAUGGAACAUAGCGUACAUACCAUGGGAAUGAGUUCACUUCAGAAUGAAGACAUAAUCUUAUUUUUGAUUUUAAGGUCUUCUUUGGAACCAUAAAUGAAUAUUAUACAUUUAUUAUUAAACUGAUUAUUAUGUU